UAACAAUUUAAAAUGGUUAAAGGAACCAAUUGUAAGAGCCUCAAUAAAUGAAACAAAGAUGUAUCAAAGUGUUGAAGUAAACACAAGAGUUCCGCAUGAAGAUGAGUAUGAUUUAGCAGGACAGAAAGUAGAGCCACAAAUUGGGAAUCCAUAUCUAAGACUGAUAUUGAAAACUUCACUUCUUCUUUCACUUCAGAAGAAGGAAACCCUUCUUCUGUCCAGAAUGACAGAAGUUCUAUCCUGGAGAGACAUACUUCUUCUUCAGACCCACUUGAAGCAAUCUCCCUUCAACCCAAUAUGGAUGAAUUUGUUGACUACAAUUAAGUCCGAUAAUGUUGAAGAAGAACUUACCUUGCAAGAAGAAAUUAAGGAUAGGGAAAAUGCUCUUGAAGAACUCACUAGCAUACUUGGAGGAUCUUCCUCCUGCCCUUCAUUCGCUCCUUCAGUUAAAUUUGAGAGACCAGGAUGUAUCCCAAAAUUUAAUCACAAAAGGAGUUCAAGAAUGAACUUUACUGGCAUCUUUAGAAAGCCAGAAAGAGCUUCCUUCAACCUCUAUUCUUCCCUAUCAAGCCACAAGAAAGACUCUAGUGGCAUGUACUUCUAGGUUUUAUAAAACUCUUAAGACUCAUUUAAGAGUUACUCCUAAGUAAGGCAGAGGGUAACUGAGUAAAGACAUUGAUUGUCCAAUCAAUAAAGUCUCAAUUAUUUCUUUGCUUUAAAAUAUAAUACAGUGUAUUUCAAUGCAGGUUUU